CAAGGCAGCCGGCCGGCGGCCCUCGGGCUCCCCUCGCCGGCGAGCUCGGGCGAGGGCAGGCGGCGGGGGAGACGUCCUUGGGCGAAGGGCAGAGGGGGCUGACGCCCCGCAGGCUUCCUUGCUGGCGCUCUGCAGCCCUCGGGGCGAAGGUCCUGGUAGUGAAGGUUCUGGAAGCGAAGCCUCCCCCUCCAGCCCAUACUGCUGCAGGACUGAGGCCGCAGUCAGUCCUGAUCGAACAGUACGGUGGGUGCUUUGCAGGAGUGCUGGAUGUGAAGCGACAUCUGUGAUAUUUUACCUCGUUCCUGUUUAAAGUGCACCCAGAGUUUAAAAGAGCGAUGCUUUUUAGGUCACUGUUUAUAAUGUAGCUGCAUCUGAAGAAAUAGGAAGUGGCUUUGUGUUAUGCUGACUAACACCACAGGGCAUCAUUUAACGGCACAUCAAGCAAUGAUUCCACGAAUCCUGAAGCCAUUUUCCUAUAUGUGUGGCAACAGAACGCUGUCGGGUUACAAACCUAAAAGCAAUGUCAAGGCCUCGUACAAAAUUCUUGAGCUUGAGGAAGGAUGUUCCCUUGAUGAUAUCAGAAAUUCGUAUCGAAAUCUUGCCAAAAAAUACCAUCCAGACAGCGGUUCCAGCACGGCAGAUUCAGAAGCAUUUAUUAAAGUAGAAGACGCAUACAGAGUUGUGCUUAGCGAUAUGGCAAACAAAAAGAAAUCAAAUGAGAAUAAGGAAGAGGAGGAGGAAGACCAGUUCAAAACAAAAGCACCACAGCACAGACACUACUUGAGUUUUGAAGGUGUUGGUUUUGGAACGCCAAGCCAAAGAGAAAAGCAAUACAUGCAGUUUCGAGUGGACCGUGCUACCGAGCAGGUGUUGGAAUACCGAAAGCAGAAACUUGAAAGCCAGUACGUCGCGACUGACCUUAUGAGAGCCAAGGAUGUGAGAGAGAGCAAGAAGGUGAAGAUAACUCAGGCAGUUGAACGGUUGGUUGAGGACCUCAUCCAGGAAUCAAUGGCAAAAGGAGACUUUGACAACCUCAGUGGGAAAGGAAAACCUCUGCAGAAAUUUUCAGACUGUCCGCAUAUCGAUCCUAUGACUCACAACCUGAACAGAAUCCUGAUAGACAAUGGGUACCAGCCAGAGUGGAUCCUGAUGCAGAAAGAAAUACGGGAAACUAUCGAGCGAUUAAGAAAGAGUAUAGUGGCAUCUAGAAGUAAGCUCGGAGAGCCAAUGACGCCAUACAGGCAAAAGCAGUGGAAUCGUAUUUGUGAGCAGUUUAUGGAAGAUAUCAGGAAAUUGAACAAAAGAAUUGACAGCUUCAAUUUAGUUGUUCCUAUUCUGAGCAGACAAAUGGUGCACUUCAGCGCAGACAAAGAAAUCGUUCGAGCACAAAAGACUUAUAAAGCUUUGAUGGAAAACAAAGAAGCUCCUGAUUCAGACACAAAGGGAGAGGAACAGGAAAAUGUUAAAAGGUUUGGGUGGAAGUCUUCUCUAUUUAAGUGGUUAAACCUUACAUUGAAAUAAGAUAAUAUUAACUCAUCUGUCUUGUUAAGAUUCUGGAUGCACUUUAUCACUAAAACUUGUAGCAUUAGAGAAAUUCCAGAUACACUGAAAAUGUUAAAUCCGCCUGUCUACCUGGCUAUCAUUACACCAGUUAAAAGGAAUUGGGCUGUCUGAUAUUCAGUUGAGGGUGCUUAAUGGAUUUCUUUGUGACUACUGUUAAGGAACAAAUAAACUCAGUUAUCCU